AUGACCGACCAGACCGAGCAGACCGAGCAGACCGACCAGACCGAGCAGACCGAGCAGACCGACCAGACCGAGCAGACCGACCAGACCGAGCAGACGACCAGACCGACCAGACCGAGCAGACCGAGCAGACCGCCAGACCGACCAGACCGAGCAGACCGACCAGACCGAGCAGACCGACCAGACCGACCAGACCGAGCAGACCGAGCAGACCGACCAGAACGAGCAGACCGACCAGACCGACCAGACCGACCAGACCGAGCAGACCGAGCAGACCGAGCAGGCCGACCAGACCGAGCAGACGAGCAGACCGAGCAGAGCGACCAGACCGACCAGACCGAGCAGACCGACCAGACCGAGCAGACCGAACCUAUCAGACCUGACCAACCGACAUACCGACAGACGAAGACGACCAGACACAGACACAGACACGACCAGACCGAGCAGACCGACCAGACCGACCAGAACGACAAAACAAGACCACAAGAAGAGAGACCGAAAGCAAGAACCAAGAACGAGCCAGACCGACAGACCGACCAGAACCGAGCAGACGAACCAGACAGCAAGCAACGACGCAGAACCGACAGACGAACGAGAACCCGAGACAGACCAAGACCGAGCAAGACACAGAGCAAGACGACCAGACCGACCAACCACAGACCGACCAGACCAGCAACAGACCGAAGACCGAGCAGAUCAGACCGACAGACACGAACACAACAGACCAGACCGAGAGACCGACAGAACCAGACCGAGAACCGAGCAGAACCGACAGACCGAGCAGACCGACCAGACGAGCGACGAGACCGACCAGCGACCGACCAGACCGAGAACGACAGACGAACGCAACCGACAGACGACCAGACCGACCAGCGAAAAAGAAUAGACCGCGCACCAGACCACCAGACCGAGCAGACCGACCAGACCGACGCUAAAGACAGAACACAGACCGAGCAGACCGACCAGACCGACCAGCGACCGACAGACACGAGCAGACGACCAGACCGAGCAGACCGACCAACCGAGCAGACCGAGCAGACCGAGCAGACAGAGCAGACCGACCAGACCGAGACAGACCGAGCAGACCGACCAGCAACGACAGACGCGAGAGACCGACCAGACCGAGAAACCGACCAGACCGACAGACCGACCAGACGAGCAGACCGACCAAAACCGAGGACCGGAGAGACCGGCAGACCGACCAGACCGACCAGACCGAGCAGACCGACCAGACACCGACAGACGAGCAGACCGACCAGACCGAGCAGACACGACCAGACGCAGACCGACCGAGCAGACCGACCAGACCGAGCAGACCGACCGACCGAGCAGACCGACCAGACCGACCAGACCGACGAGACCACCAGACAGACCAGACCGAGCAGACCGAGCAGACCGACCAGACCGACCAGACCGAGCAGACCGAGCAGACGACCAGACCCGAGCAGACGGGAGCAGACCGACCAGACCGACCAUGACCGAGCAGACCGAGCAGACCGAGCAGACCGACCAGACCGAGCAGAGCGAGCAGACCGACCGGACCGACCAGAACCGAGCAGACCGAGCAGACCGAGCAGACAGAGCAGACCGACCAGACCGAGGCAGACCGACCAGUACCGAGCUAGACCGAGCAGACCGACCAGACCGAGCACCGACCAGACCGAGCAGACCGACCAGAACCGAGCAUACCGACCAGACCGAGCAGACCGAGCAGACCGACCAGACGACAAGACCGAGCAGACGACCAGACCGAGCAGACCGAGCAGACCGAGCAGCUCAGACCAGACCGACCAGACCGAGCAGACCGACCAGACCGAGCAGACGACCGGACCGAGCAGACCGACCAGACCGACCAGACCGACAGACCACCAGACAGACCAGACCGAGCAGACCGAGAGACCGACCAGACCGACCGACCGAGCAGACCGAGCAGACCGACCAGACCGACAGACCGAGCAGCCCGACCAGCACCAACCUACCAGACCCAACCACCAACCAGCGCCACCAGACCGACCAGACCGACCGACCAUAACCGACCAACACAGACCGAGCAGACCGACCAACCAGACACCAGAGCAGACCACCAACCGAAUCCACCAACCACUACCGACCAGACCGAGCAGACCGAGCAGACCGACCGACCCACCAGACCGACCAGACCAGCAGACCGACCAGACCGACCACCAGCAGACCACCAUACCGAGCGACCGACCAGACCGAGCAGACCUAGCAGACACCGACCAACCGAGCAGACCUACUUGA